AUGGCCGCCGCUGCUACAAUCCAACUGACAGCCCCGUCAAUAUUUGGUGGAGGUGUCAGUCAGCCUUAUGGCGUGUCACCAGCCACCCAAAUGGGUAACACGAACGACAUUACCAUUGCCGACAUUGAGGAGGCAAUCCGUCUGGCCCCCCUCUGCCGCGACGCACUAAAUCUCCUCGAUGCCAAGGUGCCGGACUUCAAUCAUCAAUACGCCUACACAGCCGAUGAGAUUUUGGCACUCCCCGUUGACACAGUUCGCUUGCCUGACGAGUUGCACGGCCUACCCCGUCGGAAGUCUACGCGGUCUUCCCUGGCUUCUGCCAUUGCGACUCUGUUGUAUCCCGCCACCCACGAGAAGGCUCUGUCAUCUGUGAUCCGGUACGAUGCCGCCCGUGUGAGACUGCGUGCGUGGGUCGCCCUGCAGCGGAAGUACGACAUAUUUACCGCCACCAAACGGAAUGGUCACAGCUUCCGCGGCUUGACUGGCGGAGCUGCUCCCGGUGUGCAUGCGCCUGUCUGGUCAUCCCGGAUCCUUGCCCAGGGCCCGUGGGACCCGUCAAGACAUCCCGUGUCGACUGCAGGCGUUAGAGCCAUUCCGAUGCCCGUCGCCGUAGCUGACGCCGCCGACCUGGCUCCGUUCUUUGACCACCUCGAGCUGGGCGGCACUCACGAGCUUGACGAGGACUCUGCCGGCGUUGACCUUGACAACGGUAAAGGCGAGCCGUAUUAUGGUGUCAAAGGAGCCGAAUUUCGAAAAGGUGUGGUUUACGAGGAUGGUCGCAUGGAUCUGUGCAAAAUGGUUGUUGGCCCAGACCACAUUGGCAGCCUGAUGGACAGCUUACGGCCGAACUCCUUCGUCCGACACUUUCUGCUGGGGAACAAUAUUAUUGGGCCCGUUGGGGCUCAUGAGAUUGCCCGCUUCAUUCAAGAUUUUCCUGAUCGCAUGGAUACUUGGUAUCUGGCUGGCAACUGCAUUGACGCUCCCAGCUUCAAGAUCCUCGUCGAUGCCAUGGUUACUUCGGACGCCGUGACAAAUGUCUGGUUGAAACGCAAUCCAUUGGGUCCUGCGGCCGCAGUAGAUGUUUAUCGGCUCAUGACCGAGACGAAAAACCUGCGCACCCUGGAUCUUGAUCAGACUGAACUUGGCGACGCCGGUCUCGCAGAGCUGUUUUCUCUUCUGGCAAGGUAUGGUGAUGUCUCCGGCCGUAAGUUGCCCCUGCGACAUCUGUACUUGAACGGUAAUGGCAUCUCGACAACGGCCGCCAAAGCACUUGCAGCCUUCCUCGCCUCGCCAGCCUGCGGUGUCACCUCGCUUUACCUGUCUUGCAACCCACUUGGUGAUGCGGGUGCACAGGCACUGGCCGAUGGUAUUCGUCAAGCUCCUCAAUUGACUCGUCUGUCGCUUCAGUCGACUGGCCUUAACACGGCGGGCGCCAUCGCCAUUGCUCAGGCUGUUACAUCACAUCCUGGGAUGCGCUCCCUAGACCUUGCGCAGGCGUAUGCGACAGUGGAUCUCGGACAGGCAUGGAACUACUUCGAAGACGGUAUUGCGCCGGUCUUCCGUGAGCUUCUGUCGACAAAUCAGACCCUUGAGUACCUGGACCUUGGCCAUUGCCCGAUCACGCCGCAGCUGUUACGAGAGAUUAACGCUGCUGUCCUGAACAGCUCGCUGCUGUAUUAUGAAGCGGAGUCCAUUCUCCCAGACAAGACAAUCAAGGCACCCAGAUUCAACCCUUCGGCUAAUCAUACAAUGCCUAAUAUCCACUCGUUUACAGCACCCUCGAAAGAUGAGAAGGCUGCCGAAAAAGCCGUUGAGGAUCAUCUAGAAGCCAACGUGAAGGCUAAGUAUGGCGACCAAAUGACCUACUCGCACUUCCUGGAAGAGGAGAAACGCUGGAUUGUCAACGAUAAAACCGACGUACGAAAAAUUGAUUCGGUAUACCGCAACCGCGAUGCUGGGUUUGCGCGUCGGCGACUUAAACUUUUAGUCAAAGAGUGGGAUGAGAAUGACGAUACCCUCAACCGGGUGAUGAAUGCCCAGGGUCCUUUCUGCACUCGGCGCAAACACUGA